GAGAGGUGAGGCGAUCCUGUGAUGGGUUCCACGGCGCGGCCGGGCAACCGUGCCACCGCUGGCUUGGCUAAUGGAAGCCGGCCGGUGGGCUGUAGCUAUCGCCAUUGCUGCCGUGCCGUCCCUCCCUCUUCUAAGCUCCCAAGUCCGAGCCAACGCCGCCUCCAAUACAAGCCCACCCAGCAGGAAAUCUCAGCCCCACCAGCCACAAUGGGAGAAGUGGUGGUGCCGGCGCCGAGGCCGCGCAAGGGGGUGGCGUCCUGGGCGCUGGACAUGCUCGAGCGGCUCGUGGUCCGCCUCGGCCACGACAAGAAGGCCGAGCCGAACCCCUGGCUCUCCGGCAACUUCGCCCCGGUGCUCCACGAGACCCCUCCCACAGCCGGCCUCCCCGUCCGCGGACACCUCCCGGAGUGCUUGAAUGGAGAGUUUCUUAGGGUCGGGGCUAAUCCAAAGUUUGACCCGGUUGCAGGGUACCAUUGGUUUGAUGGGGAUGGAAUGAUCCAUGCAUUGCACAUUAAAGAUGGGAAGCCUACAUAUGUAUCAAGAUACGUGAAGACUUCUCGCUUCAAGCAAGAAGAGUAUUUUGGUGGAGCAAAGUUUAUGAAGGUUGGAGAUCUAAAGGGCCUUUUUGGAUUGUUUAUGGUCUUAACGCAAGAACUUAGGAAGAAACUUAAAGUCUUGGAUGCUACUUAUGGAAUUGGACCAGCUAAUACUUCAUUUAUAUAUCAUCAUGGCAAACUCAUGGCCCUCUCAGAAUCAGAUAAACCUUAUGUUGUUAAGAUCCUUGAAGAUGGAGACCUGCAAACUCUUGGGUUGUUGGAUUAUGACCAAAGGUUGAAACAUCCUUUCACCGCUCAUCCAAAGGUUGAUCCAUUUACAGAUGAAAUGUUCACCUUUGGGUACUCGCAUGAACCGCCUUAUUGUACAUAUCGAGUCAUCACCAAGGAUGGAGUUAUGCUUGAUCCAGUGCCAAUAACAAUACCGGAAUCUGUAAUGAUGCAUGACUUUGCCAUUACAGAAAACUAUUCCAUAUUUAUGGACUUGCCAAUGUUUUUUCGACCAAAGGAAAUGGUGAAGAAUGAUGAAUUUAUCUACAAGUUUGAUCCUGCAAAGAAAGCUCGUUUUGGUAUACUACAACGCUAUGAGAAGGACGAGAAAAACAUCAAAUGGUUUGAACUCCCCAAUUGCUUCAUAUUCCACAAUGCCAAUGCGUGGGAAGAAGGCAACGAAGUUAUUCUGAUUACCUGCCGUCACAACAACGUAGAUUUGGACCAGGUCAAUGGUAACCAAAGCGACAAGCUUGAGGACCGCGGGAAUAAGUUGUACGAGAUGAGAUUCAACAUGAAAACUGGUGCUGCUUCGCAAAAGCAACUGUCUGUCUCUGCCAUUGACUUUCCUCGAAUCAAUGAGAGUUAUACUGGCAGAAAGCAGCGGUACAUCUACUGCAUGAUACUUGAGAGCACAGUCAAGGUGACUGGCAUCUUAAAAAUGACCGGCAUCAUAAAAUUUGAUCUACAUGCCAAGCCAGAGAGAAGCAAGGAGCAUCUAGAAGUUGGGGGAAAUGUGACGGGCAUAUAUGACCUAGCACCCGGUACAUUUUGUUCAGAGGCAGUCUUUGUGCCCAAGGAGCACGGUGUUUCCGGUGAAGAAGACGAUGGGUACUUGAUAUUCUUUGUUCACGAUGAAAACACAGGGAAAUCUGAAGUAAAUGUUAUUGAGGCCAAGACGAUGUCUGCUGAUCCAGUGGCAGUUGUUGAGCUGCCAAGCCGGGUACCUUACGGAUUCCACGCCUUCUUUGUCAAUGAGGAACAACUAGGACAUCAAGUAGAGUGGUGAAGAGUGAUAAAAAGGAAGCAUUACACGAAUAUAUAUAUUUUUAAUGGGGUGUGUGAUGUAGUAUCCUUUUGUGUGCCAUACUGGUAGGUUGUGAAGGGUUUCUGUUAGUUUUUCGCAAGUUAAAUUGGCAAAUAUCUUCUUCUUAAUUAUUGAGAAUGGCAAGUAUUUUGCCUUGUUUAAAAAUAUACAAAGGAAAGUAGCAUGUUGAAUAAGCUGUAUAAAUAAACGAAAGUAGCAUUACUA